AACCGAAAGUCUGGUGUUUACAUGCGAAAUAGACUUCGCAUCCCAGUCCGUGUUUAGCUACCAUAAGCCUCGCUUGUCCAAGGAUUGUUUUGAUAGUGCACUAAAUAAACGCAGCGAUAUAACGUGCAGUUUUUUACGACACCUACCGUUGCUUUUCUCCAGCGUCGUUCAAGUUUUACUUUAUCUAUGUUCAAAGUGGUUACAGUAUAUUGAAAAAGGUUUUUAAGACGAUAAAGGGUUGAUAUGCUACAAUGAACACUGAAGAAGCAAAGGAAUGGAUUCGAAUGGAAAAAAGACGAUCCUCUGGUACAUUAUCGUGACAAUUAGUGUUGCAUUUGGACAAUCCACGCCAUGUCCCGCUCCAGAGACAAUAUUGCCUUGUAUAUGCACGAAUCGUCAUGAAGAUAUACAAAUAUGGUGUACACACAGCGAUCUCCAGCAAGUUCAAAAAGGCAUUCAGAAAAUAGGGGAUUAUAUUAGAAAACCUAUUGAUGAAUUAAUCAUUGAAAAUAAUUAUCUUCCAUCUCUACCUGGAAAAAUAUUUCAAAAUGUAAAAAUACUACGACUGAUGUUACGCCAUAAUGGCGUUGAAAGAUUAUCUGCAGCAUGGUUAGAGUCCCAAGAGAUGAAUCUUUUAGAAGUAUUCAUUGUUGAAAAUGAUUUGAAAAAUCUUCCCCCAGAAAGUAUAAUGAAACUGCAAAAUCUACAAGCCAUCACAUUACAAUCUCAUAAUUUAAAAAGAAUUCCUACUCUGUCAAAUAUGCCGAAAUUAAGAUACAUAAAUUUCCAAUCGAGAUCUUUAAACGCUGUAAACGAACAUACUUUUGAAAAUUUACCAAGUUUAGAAAGGUUGUUUAUACAAGGAAGUCCAAAUUUAAGCAUACUAAAAGAAAAUGCUUUAUACAAUUUACCAAAAUUGCGGAGAUUGGAAAUAACAAAUUGUGGAAUUAAUCAGAUACAUAUGCGGGCUUUAUCACUGCUUCCAGUAUUAAAUGAAUUAUCAUUAAGUAACAACAAAAUAUCUGAUGCGACAAUGGUUGGAAGAGCUAUUAGAGACUUACCACUUCUAUCUUAUUUAAAUCUAAAUUACAAUGUUAUAGAUAAAUUGAAUGAAGGUGCCUUUGUUGAUCAACCUAUGCUGGAAAAUUUAUUAUUAUCGAACAAUAAUAUAAAUAUUAUACAUCAUGGAGCAUUUCAUAGAGUACCAAAAUUAAGAAUAGUGGAUCUAAAUUAUAAUAGAAUAAGCCAGAUACACCCUGAGUCGUUUUUACAACAAUCAGCCAGCGGUGUGGAAGAACUAAAUCUAAUCGGUAAUCAAAUCAUGCAUAUUUCCGAAUUUAGGGCUUUACUUGACGCUUUACCACGACUAAAGUUUUUGGACAUGAGUGAUAAUUUAUUACAGGAAAUCCCUCGAGGUGCUUUGAGAGGUCAUCCUAGUCUUGAGCGUUUACAUCUGAAUAAAAACAGUAUUAAAUACAUUCAAGCAGAUGCGUUUGUGGCGAUGCCUGCAUUAAGGGAGUUGCAUUUGAGUAAUAACUCUUUAAGUGAUAUGAAUGAAGGCCCAUUCUGGAAUCUCCCUGCUUUAAAAGGACUAGAUUUAUCUUUUAAUUAUUUUCAACGGUUACAGCCUAAAAUGUUAUACAAUCUCCCUGCACUAAGAAGAAUAAAUUUUAGCAAUAACCUAUUAACAAUCAUAGAUCCGAUAACAUUUAUUGAAUCUCCUUUAUUGGAGUAUAUUAAUAUAUCAGGGAAUGCUUUAGUUUCCAUUCAUCCUGCUACCUUUAGAAAUUUGGUAAACUUGUUUGAAGUAGAUGCAAGCUCUAAUAAACUUAUUGAAUUUGUACCCGGUUUACCAAGAGGAUUGGAACAAUUAUAUUUACAAAGAAACCAAAUAACGAAUCUUCCAAUUCCACCUUCACCAGAUUUUGAUUUACCUUCGUUAAGAACUUUGGACAUUUCGUACAAUGGAAUUCAAAAAAUAGCACACGGAAGUAUGAAAGGUCUUCAUAAUUUAAGACGUCUCUAUAUGAAACGCAAUGGAUUAAGACAAAUUGAAACAUCAACAUUUAGUGACUUAGAACGAUUGGAAAUAUUAGAUUUGCGAGACAAUCAAAUAAUUUCGGUUCACCCAAAAAGUUUCAGUAAACUUGUUCGUCUAAAACAAGUUAAUUUACAUGGAAAUACUAUCGAUAAUUUUGAUUUCAUAGCAAUACAAGAAAAUGCUGCAUUAUCGACAUUAGAUUUCAGCAAAAACAAAUUAAAAAGUAUCAGUCCAAAUAUUGUAAACAGAGCAUUGGAUGUCGAGAUUUUGAAUAUAUCCUCUAAUAACUUAAAUGAAUUACCUAUCACAUUAAAUAUUCUACCAAAAUUGAAAAUAUUGGAUGCAAGUUAUAAUCAUAUUAAACAUUUCGAUGGCAAUGUUAUAAAUAAUAUUCAUUCAUUAAAGGAGAUAAAAAUGCCUUUCAACAAAAUAAAUGAGUUACGUACAGGUAGUUUUAAAGAUCUAAGGGACUUGGCCACAAUAGAUUUAGAUGGAAAUCACAUAGAAAUUAUACAUCCAAAGGCAAUUGCAAAUUUACCUAAUUUAGUAUCUUUAUAUCUAGGUAGAAAUCACAUUUUAGAAUUACCCGAUAAUGUGUUUUCUAAUCUUCCAAAACUAAAAGUCAUAGAACUACAAGGAAAUAGACUGCAGUAUAUAUCACCGAGAGCAUUUGAAAAUAUUCCUUUAGUACAGUACAUGAAUAUAAGUAACAAUCAGUUAACAAACAUUGAUCAUUCAGGUCUACGGUUGCUGACAUCUUUGGAAGUACUGGAUUUGAGCUUUAAUAAAUUAACAAAACUAACUAGAUCCUCGUUUCAGUAUAUGGAGUGGCUUGUUGAACUAAACUUGGACAAUAACUUGAUAUGUUACAUUAGUGAUCAGCCAUUUGAUUCUAUGCCAAGAUUAAAAGUACUUUCUUUGCGACAUAAUAAAAUGACUUCUGUCUCUGAAGCCACAUUCAGCAAAUUGAGAAACAAUAUUGCUAUAUUAGAUAUUGAUGGAAAUCCAUUGAUUUGUAACUGUGGUAUUAUUUGGCUUAAAUCGUGGUUAUCUGAAUCUUCAUCGGUUGGCCCAAAAUGUGUUGAUGGUACACAUGUAAAAAUGAUGCCAUUUUCGCGGGAUGACUGUACAAACGUUCGAGUACAUAAUGAAGAUUUAAGAUCGUGCUUGACCCAUGAAAAUGAAGCAUUAUUACCAAAUCUCGCGACAUCACAAGUUUUCUCAUCUCUUGAUAAAAUAAAAGAUUACGCAACUCAGAUAAAGAAUAAUUAUCAUAUUAACAAAAUAAACAACAGGCCAUCUCCAGAAGAGUCAGAAUAUUUUUAUGAUGAAUACGUUGAUUAUCCUUAUAAUGAAACUUUAAUAGAGGGUUUGAAUAAUGAUAUAAACCAGGUACAAGGUAACAAAUCUCAUGAAAGUCAGGGUAUACCAACCCUUUAUGCAGAAAUGAAAAAUACCACAAACAGGAAUCCUACAAAGCCAAACGUUCAAUCACAACCUGCAAGCGGUUUUACAUUUUUCGGAAUGCCGUUGCCUUCUCUUGAUAUGAGUAAAUUAUUAAAUAAUGGACGUAAAGUAGACUGGUCUGAGAAUAGAAAUUCACAACAUGUUAACAAAUAUCAAACUCCUGAAACUCCAAAAUUUGAAACAGGUGGAUUUGCACCGAUUUUACCGACUACAGCUGGCGGUUUCAAGCCUAUACCCAAUCCAGUAGUCAAUGUAUCACAUACAGUUACAAGUGACCAAGGGGUCAAUAAUUACAGCGCUAAUGGUAAUAUGGGACAAUCAAUUGAAGUAGUGGCAACCAAACCACCAAUUAACGUAGUCCACAACACUACAAGUCAUCAGAAAAUAAAAAGUGAGAUUCAUGAACUUCAAGCAUUUCUUGAUAAUGAUAAUAGUACUCAUGUGGCUUAUAACAGAACCAAAAAUAUAGAAGCGCAAAAGAUAGAUCCUAAUAAUUUAAGUAAAUAUAAUUUGAUGGAAUCAAACUUAACUAUAACACAAGUUACUGAAAAGGAAGGUUUAUUGAUAACUACAGACACAACGAAUGACAUGUCACUUCAAGCGUGGCUAGAGACAAGUAGCAAAACAUACUCUACUAAACCUGUGACUUCGAAACCAAUAAUAAAGAAACAUGUGGAACAUGAUCAGCCGACGGCUUUGUCUGCUAUACUGGUGCCUAGUAAUGAAGAUGCCGGAAAGAGGAACUAUACUACAAAUUAUAAGCGUCCAGCUACAAUAACAAAAGUUAACAUGCCGCAUGUAUCACAAUUUGAUCUUCAAGAUAGUAAUUAUUCACCAGUUAUAAAUAGAGAGGCUAAAACACGAUUUUCUGAUGUAACCAGUACAGGAAAUACUAAAACGAGAGAAGUAGAUGAUAAAGACUGGUACUAUAAGAAUUAUAAUAAUACAAACUUACCACCCUACAUUGCACCCGCUGUACAAACAUCAAACAGUAUUAGACUAUUAAAUAGCAUAUCUGUAUCUUUAAUUACGGUGUAUUAUUUAGUAAUAGAUCUUGUAAGUCACUAAUUUCAGAAAUAAGCAUAUUAGUAUAGUAUUACAAGUGAAGCACCAAAUUGAAACAAAUUAUAUUGUCUAAUUCAAAUAGUUAUACUGUAAUUAAAUGUAUUAAAAUGUGUCUUGAUAAUUUAAUAUAAAUAUGACAUGACAAUCUAAAAUCCAUCGAUAGCAUUCAUUAUAUUGUACAUUU